CAAAUUCUAACAUUAGGACAAUUGUUAUAUGGGAAAAAAAUGUGUUUAGAAAAAAUAAAACUAAUCAAGAAAGUAAGGAAAAUUGACAAAAUUUAUUAUAUUUAUAUAAAAAUUCUUCCAUUAGGACAAAAAAAUGGGGGGAUCAAUUUUACGGAAAUGAAAUGGUCAUAAAAAAAAUCUAAUUCUAAUCAAGAAUGUAACAAAAAACAAGAAAAUUGAACAGAAAUUUUAAUUUUACAAGAAUAUAAUAGUAAAUGUUGUUUUUAAAAAUCUAAUAGUAGGACAAAACAUUUUGAUAAAAUACAAUCAAUCAAGAAAACAAGAAUGAAUGAGGGGGAAAAUGCAGUAAUCUUAUAGUAACAAUAAAUUAAUCUUAAUAUAAAGAAUUCUAACAUUGGGGCAAACAAUUUUUACAGUGUGAUGCUGUAGGAGAAGGGAAAAAAAUUCACAUUUAUGCAAUAAUUAUUGCCCCCCCAAUCAUUUGACUUGAUAUACAGUAUAGUAUUCUACACUUCACCAAAGUUUUUUCCUACUUUACCUCACCUGCCUACUCACGCGAUUUGACGCCGGAAGAGCACACCUGAACAGGUCUGUUAGGUUCGUUGUCAUGCACGUCACCAAAGGAGUGUCACGCCAAACAGUUUCCACUAACAUUUAAAAAGGAGACAUGAGAAAGAAAGGAGCUUUUACUCGGGGUCGCCCUGGUGCACACCUCCAGUGGACUCAGUCAUCGAGGAGGAGCCGAGAGUCCUGCGGGGUUUGUGCUUGUGCUCCCCCCCUCCUCAAAUAUAAAGCCCCCUUCCAUGCAGGAGGAGAUCCUGGAUCACACCUCUCAUGCAAGGAGGAGCACCAAAGCCCGUUCUCGCACAUCCUCACUUGCAACUGCGCUUCAUUAGAAAACUACUUUUUAGGUGAAAAGGUGAUUUUUACUUUAUUUUAUUUCAAGCAUUACAUACUGUAGUGGCAUUUUGCAACUUGUGCGACAAAAAGGGGGGCGAGUCCGCAACUUUGGCGGGCAGGGAGCGCGCACAUGGCCGCCCUCAUCAGCGCGUACUCGUCGUGGCCCGACUCCUUCGAGUGUCCCCCGGCGGACGGCGACGUUGCCGAUGGGCACGGCCCGCACAGGGGAGCGGGGGAUAAGGCGCCGGAGCCCCGAAUCAGGCGGCCCAUGAACGCCUUCAUGGUUUGGGCCAAAGACGAGAGAAAACGGCUGGCCGUCCAGAACCCGGACUUGCACAACGCCGAGCUCAGCAAGAUGCUGGGCAAGUCCUGGAAGGCCCUAACCCCCCCUCAAAAGCGGCCCUACGUGGAGGAAGCCGAGCGUCUGCGGGUGCAGCACAUGCAGGACUACCCCAACUACAAGUACCGCCCCCGCCGCAAGAAGCAGCUCAAGCGCAUCUGCAAGCGUGUGGACCCCGGCUUCCUCCUGAGCGGCCUGGGGGGCCCCGACCAGAACUCCCUUCCCGAGCAGCGAGCCCUCUGCCGCCCCAUGGAGAAGGACGGGGGCAGCCCUGUUGGCGUCCGCAGCGGCUUCUCCAGCCCCAGCCCCGCUCUGCCCAGCGUGCGAAGCUUUCGAGACCCCGCCGCUUCAAACAGUUUUGACACCUACCCAUACGGUCUACCCACCCCUCCGGAGAUGUCCCCCUUGGACGCUGUGGACCACGAGCACGUGCCCCCUUCUUAUUACUCCGGGGGCACUGCGCUCACCUGUACAUCUUCAGCCUCUCAUUCUGAGGAGCAACACCAGAAUCACAUGAGCAGCCCGCCGCCAUACCACAUGGACUACACCCAGACCCAAAUCCACUGUGGGGGCGCACACAUGCCCCACAUGGUCCCCACGGGCGGUGGCAGCAGCACUGGACUGAUUCCUCCUUUGUCUUACUACAGUCCCUCCCCGUUCCCGCAGAUUCACCUCCACCAUCCAGGCCACCUCGGUCAGCUGUCCCCCCCACCAGAGACACAGGCCCACCUGGAGACCCUGGACCAGCUGAGUCAAGCUGAACUCCUGGGCGAGGUAGACCGUAACGAGUUUGACCAGUACCUGAACUCCAACGGGGGCGGUGGCUUCCAUUCUGAGCAAGCCGCCAUCACAGGCCACAUCCAGGUGUCGUCCGCUUCGUCCGUCUCCACCUUGCCGUGUCCCAGUAGCACCACGGAGACCAGUCUCAUCUCGGUGCUGGCCGAUGCCACCGCCGCCUACUACAACAACUACGGCAUCUCAUGAGCAACUGACAAUGGAGCAGAACCUGAGAGGAACACUCAAACGGGACGCCUCAGGGAUCUCUAGUAGGCCACCUGUACAUUUCAAAACCACAGUGAAAGACUUGUAAAUGUAGAACCACUAAAGACGUGUACAGACGCUAAUUUAAGUCUUUUUUGUAAUUAAAUGAGCCUUUUUUUAGUUGGACUAUACUCCCUAUGAAAGGCUUAAUAAUAAUAAUAAUAAUAAAUGCAGUAUAUAUUAUAUAUCUAAAACUAUGAAGAUGGAAUAAUAGCUACAGUGUAAAAUGUAUGCUGAUUUAGACUUGUGGAUAAUUUAAAGUUGCAAUUUUCUUUUGAAAUUUAAUUUCACACAUUUUUGCUGUCCUGUACAAAGCAAAAAGAGUCCUCAAUAAAAUCAAAUAAUAAAAACCAUGCAAAUAUAGAGUAUGUUGUCGUGCUGUACGCCCACCGCCCGCUAUCAUCGGGGUGCUUUUUUGCAGAGGAUUAGCCCGCCUCCAUCCUACAAGCGUGCUUUUGUGCCCGUUCUUCAUGUACGCUUCUAUCUUGCUGAUGCAGACCUUUCAUAAUCUCAGCGUACAUAAAUAAAGAAAUACGUGAGAACACAGCAAGGCCUCAUUUUAUACACAUUUUUCCUCUUUUUUUUUUUUUUCCCCACAGAAGGAAUUCGGGGGGCUUUUGACAAAUCCUGGCUGGUCUUCCUGCGUUUUUUUGGGAAGGCUUGAGUCGUGCUUCUUGUAAAGAGGAUGUGGCGGAGGAGCAGUGUUUCCUGCCUGAUAAGGUGUGUAUGGGCUUGUGUGGGGCGGGGGGAAGCUCUCCAUGUCAGGAUGUUUGGGCCUGGCUGGACCAGCCAUUAAAGAACCAGAGGGAUGUGGUCAUGCUGCUAUUCCUAGGAAACUGUAGCGCUGUGUCGACUCGCCCGUCUUUGCGCAGCAGGGCUUUGAGAUCCGAAAAGACAUAGCACACAAAUCAUUUCUUUAAAAACACGAGCAGGGAUGACAACAUUCAUCAUGUUUGCAGCUCGUUCCUUCAGGGUGAUGACAUUACCCCGUUUAGAGGCGGGGUCAGAGUGGUGCCCCCAGGCAGGGUGGCGAUAUUAGGGGUCGUCGGGGUCAGCGGACUCCCUCGGUAUGUGUUGGCGUGUCCCAUCCAUUCACUCAAGGACAAACAAGAAUCUUCAUUAUAAACACAACAUUGGCUUUACUUACGACAUCACGCCAUCACGGCAGGUGUGUUUGUGUCAGCCAGGGUGUCCAAUUUUUUUUUUUUACUUUGUCUUAUAUUAUAUUAUGGAAUAUUAAUUUUAGGAAAAAGUUAUGUUAGAAUAUUCAAGUCUAAAUAUAGGAGUAAAGUCAUAGUUACAAGAAAGAAAAUAUACAAAUAUAUACAAAU